AUGCGAUGCAUCAUUAUAUUAUUCAUGCGGUGGCGACCGUGUGAAUGAAAAGGUCACAACACUUGAGAGGCAUCCAUUGCCAAUUUGCCAUGGCAGGAGAAGCGCUGGGCAAGUCGACCACCAUAAAGGAGUCCUUCGAGAUCGCCGUGGGUGACCGUUCUCGUGACGAGUUCAUCGACGACGACGACGGCCGUGCCAAUCGUACAGAUGCAUGCAUGAGAGCUGGAGAUGGAAGGAUAUCAUAUGAAUUGCAGGGACACUGAUGACCGCAAGCGCUCACAUCAUCACCGCGGUGAUCGGGUCGGGAGUUCUGUCGCUGGCCUGGGCCUUGGCACAGUUGGGUUGGAUCGCCGGACCCAUCGUCCUUUUCGUCUUCGCUCUCAUCACCUGGUUCUGCUCCAUCCUGCUUGCAGACUGCUACAGGAGCUCUCAGGGGAAGAGAAGCCACAGUUACAAAGACGCUGUCAGAGCCAAUCUAGGGAGCGUUUACUGUAAGUUCUGCGGAUUGGCACAGUAUACAAAUCUGAUUGGAGUUUCCAUUGGCUACACUAUCACAACAGCUAUUAGCAUGGGGGCGAUCAAAAGGUCCGACUGCUUCCACAAGAACGGGCACGAUGCGGCGGCAUGUGAGGGGUCGACGACGACGGACAUGAUUAUCUUCGCGAGCAUAGAAAUAGUGCUCUCCCAGUUGCCUAAUUUCCACAAGCUCUGGUGGCUCUCCAUUGUGGCAGCCAUCAUGUCCGUCUCUUACUCCACCAUCGGCCUCGGCCUCUCCGUGGCCAAAAUAGCAGAGGGACCUCAUGCGAGGACCAGUCUCACAGGAGUGACGGUAGGCGAGGACGUUUCAGCAAGUGAAAAAGUGUGGAGAACAUUUCAGUCUCUCGGAAACAUAGCCUUUGCCUACUCUUACUCCAAUGUUCUCAUCGAGAUUCAGGAUACUCUGAAAUCGAGCCCUCCGGAGAACCAGGUGAUGAAGAAGGCUACCUCCAUAGGAGUUUUCACCACCACUAUUUUCUACAUGUUGUGUGGAAUUCUGGGCUAUGCGGCCUUUGGAAAUAGUGCACCAGGCAACUUCUUAACUGGAUUCGGGUUCUAUGAUCCAUUUUGGCUUGUUGACCUUGCCAACGUCUGCAUUGCCAUUCAUCUCAUCGGUGCUUACCAGGUCUUCGCCCAACCACUGUACCAGUUCAUCGAAACUUGGAGCAGAAACCAGUGGCCUGAUAGCCACUUCAUAACAUCAGAACACGUUGUCAAAGUUCCACUGCUGGGUGAUUGCCCCCUCAGUUUCUUUCGGAUAAUCUGGAGAACCCUUUAUGUCAUUGCCACAGCUGCUGUUGCUAUGAUUUUCCCUUUCUUCAAUGAUUUCUUGGGUCUGAUAGGAGCUCUUUCAUUCUGGCCGCUGACUGUAUUUUUCCCUGUGGAGAUGUACAUAGUACGAGCAAGAAUUCCAAAGUUCUCUUCAACAUGGAUUUGGCUAAAGAUCCUGAGCGCCAUCUGCUUGCUAGUGUCACUGGUGGCUGCCUGUGGGUCUGUUCAAGGACUUAUUCAUAGCCUUCGACAUUAUCAACCUUUCAAAAGCUCCUGAGAAGCAAGCCAAAUCCAGUUCAAUUUCAGCAUAUGUUUAAACUGGAUAAACUUCAAUUUCUGAGAAAGAGCAGGAGGCAAAAAAAAUCUGUUUCUGCUCAACUAUUAUGCUAUUGAGAAUUUAACAUUCUAGCGACACUAUUAUGCUAGCGACACUUUUAUGCUA